AUGUCACGAGGGAAUCACGAAAGCGAUGUGAUGAAUAAGAUGUACGGUUUUGAGGGGGAAGUAAAAAGCAAAUAUACAACACAAAUGGCCGAAUUCUUUACUGAGAUUUUUGAUUACUUACCUCUCUGUCACUUAAUCAACCAGAAGAUAUUUGUCUGCCACGGUGGCCUCUUCAAAGAGGACAAUGUUACAAUGGAUGAUAUUCGAAAUACAGACCGUGUUCGUCAACCACCUGAAGAAGGUAUAAUGUGUGAAUUGCUAUGGUCGGACCCGCAGUACUCGAAUGGCGUCUCGGCUUCGAAACGCGGUGUUGGCUGUCAGUUCGGACCGGAUAUCACGCGCCAGUUCUGUGAAGCAAAUAAUCUUGAAUAUGUUGUUAGGCAUGCAUUUUUUUUUCCAACUUUAAGCCAUGAAGUGAAACCUGAAGGAUAUGAAGUUCAUCACGAGGGCAAAUGCAUCACCGUAUUUAGCGCACCAAAUUAUUGUGACACAAUGGGAAACAAAGGAGCAUUCAUAACGAUAAAGGGCGAUGAUCUGACCCCGCGCUUCACUUCCUUCACUGCCGUGGAGCAUCCUUCUGUGAGUAUUUCUUAA